UUCUAUAUCUCUCUCACUUACAUUUCAUUUCACUUUGCACAUACGGUUCCUGGACUUUUUCUCUCUGAUUCUUUUCUUCUUGGCCUCCACAGAACAUCUGGGUUUAUUCUCUCUCUUUCUACAUUUUCUGGAGUAAAUUUAUUAUUUUUGGGGGCCGAAGAUACAAGAAUAUUAUUUUUUUUUCAAGUGGGGUACGUUAUUUCUUUGACUUUUAAUGCUUUUCUGUUGAUUCUACUUUUGAAAGAUUGUUAAAAGGAGCUUUUAUGUGUUCCUCUCCCCUCAUCUAUUUUAUUCAUCACCUAUUUUUGUGGCAAUUAUUGUCAUUUUUUCCCUUCAUUGUUGUUACAAAAACAACAACAGUGAAGAGAAUAAUUUUUUUAAAAAAAGAAGAAACAAUGAGUGGGUGUUAAUGUGGGUUGUUUACUCUUUUUUGGUGGGGUGCUCCAAAUUGUGGAGUGUUUUUUGUUCUUUUGUCAGUCUGAGUAGUGUUCUGUGAGAUUUGGGAUCUGGGUCUUCUCCUUAGGUUCUUAGUCACUUGUACUUCGUUUUCAAGCAGCUUCCACUAAUUCUUUUAACUUGGGGUUUUCCUAGAGAGAGAGAGGUUUAGAGAGAGUUAGGAAUCAUGGCAGGAGGAGGAGCAGCUCCAGCAAAGGUAGAGGAACCACAGGGUCAUCCACCAAAGGAUCAGCUACCCAACAUUUCUUAUUGCAUUACAAGUCCACCUCCAUGGCCGGAGGCUAUCCUUCUUGGAUUCCAACAUUACCUUGUGAUGCUGGGCACAACUGUUCUCAUUCCCACUGCGCUUGUUCCGCAAAUGGGGGGUGGCAAUGAGGAGAAGGCGAAGGUUAUCCAGACACUACUUUUCGUUGCUGGUAUCAACACACUUCUGCAAACUUUAUUUGGGACGCGACUACCUGCAGUUAUUGGAGGGUCUUAUACCUUUGUACCAACUACGAUUUCGAUUAUCCUUGCUGGUCGAUUUAGUGAUCCCUCGGAGUCAGACCCUGUAGAGAGAUUUAAGAGGAUAAUGCGAGCAAUACAGGGUUCCCUUAUUGUUGCUUCAACUCUUCAGAUUGUCCUUGGUUUCAGUGGCCUUUGGCGUAAUAUUGCAAGGUUUCUGAGUCCGCUGUCAGUAACCCCAUUGAUUGCUCUGGUUGGUUUUGGGCUGUAUGAAUUGGGUUUUCCUGGCGUUGCCAAAUGCGUGGAGAUUGGACUGCCUGAGCUUAUCAUAUUAGUGUUCAUUUCGCAGUACCUGCCUCACGUUUUACACUCGGGAAGACCUUUCUUUGACCGUUUUGCUGUCAUAUUUUCUGUGGUGAUUGUGUGGAUAUAUGCUCAUCUUCUGACUGUCGGUGGGGCCUAUAAUGAUAAACCACCAAAGACACAGAUAAGCUGUCGUACUGAUCGUGCUGGACUUAUAGAUGCUGCGCCAUGGAUUAGAGUUCCUUAUCCAUUUCAAUGGGGAGCUCCUUCAUUUGAUGCUGGUGAAGCCUUUGCCAUGAUGAUGGCUUCCUUUGUUGCUCUUGUUGAGUCCACAGGUGCUUUUCUUGCGGUUUCAAGGUAUGCUAGUGCAACUAUGUUCCCAUCUUCUAUUCUGAGCCGUGGUGUUGGUUGGCAGGGUGUUGGCAUUUUGUUCUCUGGGUUGUUUGGAACUGUUAAUGGAUCCUCUGUAUCUGUGGAGAAUGCUGGUCUUAUAGCCUUGACACGUGUUGGCAGCCGAAGAGUUGUCCAAAUCUCUGCUGGGUUUAUGAUUUUCUUCUCCAUUCUUGGAAAAUUUGGAGCUGUAUUUGCUUCAAUUCCCGCACCUAUUAUUGCCGCUCUGUACUGCGUUUUCUUUGCUUAUGUGGGUGUUGGAGGCCUUAGCUUUCUUCAAUUCUGUAAUCUCAACACCUUCCGAACAAAGUUCAUAUUAGGCUUCUCUGUGUUCAUGGGCUUGUCUGUUGCACAGUACUUCAACGAAUAUACUGCAAUCAAUGGAUAUGGUCCGGUGCAUACCAGUGAGAGAUGGUUUAACGAUAUGAUAAACGUGCCCUUUUCCUCGGAAGCUUUUGUUGCCGGGAUCUUGGCCUAUUUCUUGGACAACACCUUGCAUAAGAAGGACGGUGCGAUCAGGAAAGACAGGGGUUUACACUGGUGGGACAAGUUCAAAAACUUCAAAGGCGAUUCAAGGAGCGAAGAGUUCUACUCCUUGCCCUUCAAUCUAAACAAGUAUUUCCCAUCUGUGUGAGCACUAAUUUGUGAAACAAGGUUCUGAAAAGUUUUUGUUUUUUUUUUCUGGGAUUGCAUUCCAAAUAGGCUCAUUGUUGCCUUCCUAUCUAUCUUAUCACAAGCUCUAUCUAUUUCUUUAUAGGAUAUCUGGAGACAUUUGUUGACUAGAUUUUUUUUUUCUUUUCCCUUUUUGGCUGUAAACCUAUGGUGAGAUGUGGAUUUGGUGUAAGCAAUGAAGCAUUUUUAUUGCCUCUUC